GAGAGAAAAAAUCCUUUUCCCUCUCGUGGCUCAAUCUCUGAAAAGGGAAACCGUCUUCUAAAGCAGUGGUUAAUAUUCAAAGGGCAAAUGCAAGAAGAGCCGUCUGGAUAAUAAGAGAAAGGAAACAAUUGGUAGCCGACAGUCAUUUGGAAGGUUUGGACGUGUGAAAGGGAAGAAGGAUCGCAAAUCUCAUCUCCCCAGUGCAGGGAGACACUUGGUUUAUUCCGGCUGCAGAAGCAAGAGCUGUUCAAUGUAGUGGGAUUUUCUUUGCAAGAAAUAACCUGACCUCCUUUUUUCCAGAGAUCCCUACAGAAUCUGCCAUGAAAUCCAGCUCAGGAUGGCUAAAGGAGGGGGACAGGACAGGGUGCACCUGCACAGUCAGGAGGAUAUGGGGGGCAUGGUGGGUUUUAGGGUUCCUGGAGGUGCAAAGUUGGACCAGGCUUGCGUUUCUCAGCUUCGGUCUGCUGGCUGCAUCAGCAACGGGGCAGAACUGUAGUUUCAGCAUGCAAGAACCAAACGGGACAAUAGAAAGUCCGGGAUUCCCCUAUGGAUAUCCAAAUUAUGCCAAUUGCACGUGGACAAUUAGCUCAGAUAAGCAGAACCGAAUACAGCUUGUAUUCCAUUCAUUUGCCUUAGAAGAAGACUUUGAUGUCCUUUCUGUAUAUGAUGGGGAACUUCUAAAUGAAAAUCUACGAACAAGGUUAACUGGUUUCCAUCUGCCAGCACCUAUUGUAAGCAGUGGCAGUCUCCUGACAUUAUGGUUAGUCUCAGACUACGCUGUCAGUGCGCAAGGAUUCCGCUCUAGUUACGAAGUAUUGCCAAGCCACACCUGUGGGAAUCCCGGCCGCCUUCAGAACGGACUGCAGCAGGGGUCAACGUUUAACGUGGGGGAUAAAGUUCGGUAUAGCUGCAAUAUAGGUUAUAUAUUGGAGGGACAUGCCCUGCUGACCUGUGUAUCAAACUCCCAAAGCAGUGCCUCUUGGGAUUUUCCUCUGCCCUCAUGCAGAGCGGAUGAUGCGUGUGGAGGAACAUUAAGAGGCCAAAGUGGAAUUAUCACCAGCCCUCAUUUUCCAUCGGAAUAUAAUAACAAUGCAGACUGUACAUGGACAAUAUUAGCAGAGGUCGGGGAUACAAUUGCCCUGAUCUUCACAGACUUCCAGUUAGAAGAUGCAUAUGACUAUUUAGAAGUCACAGGAACAGAAGGUUCCUCUCUCUGGUUUACUGGAUUAAAUUUACCACCUCCAGUCAUUAGCAGCAAACACUGGCUGAGGCUGCAUUUUACAUCUGAUGGCAAUCACAGACAAAAAGGCUUUAGUGCUCAGUACCAAGUGAAAAAGCAAAUGGAGAUGAAAUCCAGAGGAGUGAAGCUUCUACCCAACAAGGACAGCAACCAGAAGACAUCAGUGUUAACUCAGGUGGGUGUAUACCAAGGGCACCACAUGUGUCCCGACCCUGGAAUUCCGGAACAAGGAAAAAGAAUAGGUUCUGAUUUCAGGCUGGGCUCUAGCAUACAGUUUAUGUGCAAUGAUGGAUAUGACCUUCAAGGUUCCCAAAGCAUCACAUGUAUGAAAGUGAGUGACAUGUUUGCUGCUUGGAGUGACCACAGGCCUGUGUGCAGAGCCAGGAUGUGCGAUGCUCAUCUGCGUGGACCAUCGGGGAUCAUCACUUCUCCUAACUUCCCAGUUCAGUACGAUAGCAACGCUCACUGUGUAUGGGUAAUCACAGCUCUCAACCCUUCAAAGGUCAUCAAGCUAACAUUUGAAGAGUUUGAGUUAGAAAGAGGGUACGACACUCUAACGGUGGGAGAUGGUGGGAAGGUCGGGGACCAGAAGUCUGUUCUUUAUGUUCUGACAGGGUCCAGUGUUCCUGACCUCAUAGUCAGCUCCAAUCAUCAGAUGUGGCUGCUCUUCAGGUCUGAUACUUCUGGCAGUAACCUUGGCUUCAAGGCUUCUUAUGAAGAAAUAGACCAGGGCAGCUGUGGGGACCCAGGAAUUCCUGCAUUUGGAAUAAGAGAAGGCUCCAGAUUCCGGCAUGGAGACACUCUGGUAUUCCGGUGCCAGCCAGCUUUCGAGCUGGUAGGACAGUCAUCAAUCACCUGCCAAAAGAACAGCCAGUGGUCUGCCAGGAAACCUGGUUGUGUGUUCUCCUGCUUCUUUAAUUUCACAACUCCAUCUGGGAAUGUUCUUUCUCCAAACUACCCUGAAGAAUACAGCAACCACCUGCACUGUGUGUGGCUGAUCAUUGCCAAGACUGAGAGUCGAAUUCACCUGGCAUUCAAUGACUUUGACGUAGAACCGCAGUUUGAUUUUUUGGCAGUAAAAGAUGGAGGAACACCAGAGUCACCUGUCCUGGGUACUUUUUCAGGAAACCAGGUCCCACCCUCACUGACCAGCAGUGGACAUGUUCUAAGACUGGAGUUCCAGACUGACCACUCUACUGAGAAAAGAGGCUUUAACAUCACUUUUACCACUUUUAGACAUAAUGAGUGUCCAGAUCCUGGGGUACCGGUAAAUGGAAAGCGUUUUGGGGAGAGUCUGCAACUGGGGAGCUCUGUGUCUUUCCUGUGUGAUGACGGCUUCAUCCGGACUCACGGCUCAGAGACCAUCACCUGUGUCCUGAAAGAGGGAAAUGUUGUGUGGAAUAGUGCGGUACUAAGAUGUGAAGCUCCAUGUGGAGGCCACCUAACUGCCCCAAGUGGAAUGAUUCUUUCCCCAGGGUGGCCAGGAUUCUACAAAGAUUCCCUAAACUGUGUAUGGGUACUGGAAGCUCAGCCUGGAUAUCCUAUAAAGAUCACAUUUGACAGGUUUAAAACAGAAGUAAAUUAUGACACACUGGAAGUGCGAGAUGGGCGGUCAUACUCUUCGCCACUGAUUGGGGUUUAUGAUGGAACCCAGGUGCCCCAGUUCCUUAUCAGCACCAGCAACUUCUUGUACCUUCUCUUCACCACCGAUAAAAGUCAUUCAGACAUUGGCUUCCAGAUACGCUAUGAAACUGUCAAACUGCAGUCUGAUCAUUGCUUGGACCCAGGAAUACCUGUUAAUGGGCAACGCCAUGGCAAUGAUUUUUAUGUGGGCGCUCUUGUCACCUUCAGCUGUGACCCCGGAUAUACUCUGAGUGAUAGCCAAGCUCUGGAGUGUGAGCCAAACUUUCAGUGGAGCAGAGCAUUGCCUAGCUGUGAAGCUCUCUGUGGGGGAUACAUUCAGGGCUCCAGUGGCACCAUCUUGUCACCAGGUUUUCCUGAUUUUUAUCCCAACAAUCUUAAUUGCACAUGGAUGAUAGAAACCUCUCAUGGUAAAGGUGUGUUCUUUACAUUUCAUACCUUCCAUCUGGAGAAUGGCCAUGAUUUUCUACUGAUCACAGAAAACAGCAGCUUUAUACAACCUCUAAAACGUCUAACAGGGUCCAGCCUACCAGCUCCCAUUAGUGCCGGUUUGUAUGGAAACUUUACUGCUCAGCUCCGAUUCAUCUCUGACUUCUCGAUGUCAUAUGAGGGAUUUAAUGUCACAUUCUCGGAAUAUGACCUAGAGCCUUGUGAUGAGCCAGAGGUCCCAGCCUACAGUAUCAGAAAAGGCCUUCAGUUUGGUGUUGGCGAUUCCUUGACUUUCUCCUGUUUUCCUGGUUAUCGUCUGGAAGGAGCAUCUCGCAUCACCUGCCUGGGAGGUAGACGGCGUGUGUGGAGUUCGCCUCUCCCAAGGUGUGUUGCUGAAUGUGGAGCAUCUGUUACUGGAACUCAGGGUGUCCUGCUCUCUCCAAACUACCCAGCCAAUUACAGUAACAACCAUGAAUGCAUUUACUCUGUCCAGAGCCAGCCAGGAAAAGGUGUUCAGCUGAGAGCUAGAACAUUUGACCUGCGUCCUGGAGACUUCCUUAAGGUUUAUGAUGGGCACAAUAACUCUGCCAGACUCCUUGGAACUUUCAGCAAGUCAGACAUGCUGGGGAAGAGCUUGAACAGUACCUCAAGUGCCCUAUGGUUGGAAUUCGUAUCUAACUCCGAAAAUACUAGCAAAGGGUUUGAGUUGUAUUAUUCAAGUUUUGAACUGAUUAAAUGUGAGGACCCUGGCAUGCCACAGUAUGGCUACAAGGAAAAGGAUGAGGGACACUUUGCUGGAAGUUCUGUGACCUUCAGUUGCGAUCCAGGAUACAGCCUACGUGGCAGCCGAGUUUUAAUGUGCCUGACAGGGGAGCGUAGAGUGUGGGAUCAGCCGCUACCAGUGUGCGUGGCGGAGUGUGGAGGCCAUAUCAGGGGAGAAAGGGUUGGCAGAGUCUUAUCUCCUGGCUAUCCAGCACCCUAUGAUCACAACCUGAACUGUGUAUGGAUAAUAGAAGCAGAUGCUGGCUGCACUAUUGGGUUACAUUUGACUGUGUUUCACACAGAGGAAGUUCAUGAUGUUCUUAAGAUCUGGGAUGGUUCAGUGGAGAGUGGAAUUCUCAUGAAGGAACUGAGUGGUUCUAUUUUGCCUCCUGAUAUUCACAGCACAUUUAACUCUGUUACCUUGCAUUUCAACACAGACUUCUUCACCAGCAAACAGGGAUUCUCCAUCCAUUUUUCAGUGACAACAGCUACAUCCUGCAAUGAUCCUGGAAUACCACAAAAUGGCAGCCGUAGCGGAGAUAGUCGUGAUGCUGGGGACUCAAUUGUGUUUCAGUGUGACCCAGGAUACCUUCUGGAGGGGGAACCUAAAAUCAGCUGUGUGCAAAUUGCAGACAGGUUCUACUGGAAUCCCAAUCCUCCCAUUUGUAUAGCUCCCUGUGGUGGUAACUUGGGUGGACCAACUGGAGUCAUCCUGUCUCCUCAGUAUCCUGAGCCAUACCCUCCUCUGAAGGAAUGUGACUGGAAGUUAACCGUGUCCUCAGACUAUGUGAUUGCUCUGUCAUUUAACAUUUUCAGCAUUGAGCCUGGUUAUGACUUCUUGCACAUCUAUGAUGGACCAGACUCCUUAAGCCCACUGAUUGGGAGCUUCUAUGGAUCUCAGCUACCCGAGAGAAUAGAGAGCAGUAGCAACAGCCUUUUCAUUGCUUUCCGCAGUGAUGCUUCAGUUAGCAGUGGGGGAUUCGUCAUUGACUACACAGAAAACCCCAGGGAGUCUUGCUUUGAUCCAGGGACAAUUAAAAAUGGCACAAGAGUUGGGAAUGACCUGAAGCUAGGAUCCACCAUUACUUAUUACUGUGAGAGUGGCUAUGAAAUUCAAGGGACAUCUACGCUUACCUGUAUGAUGGGAGAUGAUGGCAAACCAAUUUGGAAUCACCCAAGCCCUUCUUGCACAGCUCCAUGUGGAGGGAGAUACGUCAGUCAAGAAGGAGUCAUUUUGUCUCCUAACUACCCUCGCAAUUACACCACUGGACAGAGCUGUUCUUAUUUUAUUGUGGUUCCAAAAGAUUAUGUGGUCUUUGGACAGUUCACAUUUUUUCAGACAGCACUGAAUGAUGUUGUUGAGGUACAUGACGGGCCAGAUGAUCAGUCAAGGUUACUCAGUUCACUCUCCGGCUCCCAUACAGGUGAAUCUCUACCUCUUGCAACUUCAAACCAGAUUUUAAUUAAGUUCAGUGCCAAGGGGCAAGCAACAGCCAAAGGAUUUCAUUUUGUCUACCAAGCUGUACCUCGUACCAGUGCUACUCAGUGUAGUUCAAUCCCAGAGCCAAAAUACGGCAGACGACUUGGCAAUGAUUUCUCAGUGGGAGCAGUUGUUCGCUUUGAAUGCUUUCCUGGAUAUGCUCUUCAAGGAUCCAGAAACAUUGAGUGCCAGGCAGUUAUGGGAGCCUUGGCACAGUGGAAUGCCUCUGUACCGUCCUGUGUAGUUCCUUGUGGUGGGAAUCUGACUGAGCGAAAGGGAACAAUUCUGUCUCCUGGGUUUCCUGAACCAUAUUUAAACAGCCUUAACUGUGUGUGGAAAAUCACAGUCCCAGAAGGAGCAGGGAUCCAGAUCCAGGUGAUCAGCUUUGUUACAGAACAGAACUGGGAUUCUCUGGAGGUCUUUGAUGGUGCAGACAAUACUGCCACCAUGCUGGGCAGUUUCUCAGGUACCACUGUGCCUGCAUUGUUGAAUAGCACUUCAAAUCAUCUCUACCUGCAUUUCUUCUCUGAUAUCAGCGUGUCAGCAGCUGGCUUUCACCUGGAGUAUAAAACUGUUGGGCUCUCCAGUUGUCCAGAGCCAGCAGUUCCCAGUAAUGGGGUAAAGAAUGGAGAGAGAUAUUUGGUGAAUGAUGUGGUCUCCUUCCAGUGUGAACCAGGAUAUGCUCUGCAGGGACAUUCCCAUAUCUCCUGCAUGCCAGGAACAGUGCGGCGCUGGAAUUAUCCUCCUCCACUCUGUGUUGCUCAGUGUGGAGGAGUUUUGGAGGACAUGGAGGGGGUCAUUCUGAGUCCUGGAUUCCCAGGAAAUUAUCCCAGCAAUUUGGACUGCACCUGGAAAAUCUCUUUGCCAGUGGGAUUUGGAGCCCACAUCCAGUUCCUAAGUUUCUCAAGUGAGGCCAACCAUGACUUUGUCGAGAUUCGAAAUGGUCCACAUGAAACAAGUAGCGUAAUUGGACGAUUUAGUGGGGCAGAGACUCCUGGCUCUCUUCUUUCAACAUCUCAUGAGACCACAAUUUAUUUUCACAGUGACCAUUCACAGAACAAACCAGGAUUUAAACUGGAGUAUCAAGCAUAUGAACUCCAGGAGUGUCCAGACCCAGAGCCAUUUUCUCAUGGUGUGGUUAGAGGAGCUGGUUACAAUGUCGGACAAUCCAUCUCCUUUGAGUGCUUUCCUGGUUACCAUCUUAUUGGUCAUUCAGUCUUAACAUGCCAGCAUGGAACCAACAGAAACUGGGACCACCCAUUUCCCAGAUGUGAGGUGCCAUGUGGAGGAAAUGUCACAGCUUUUAAUGGCUCUAUUUACUCUCCUGGUUUCCCUGAUCAAUACCCCAGUUCCCAAGACUGCUACUGGACCAUCACUGUGCCGCUGGGAUUUGGGAUUCACAUCAACUUCACAAUCUUGCAAACGGAACCUCAAAAUGAUUACAUUACAGUCUGGGAUGGCCCAGAACAGACGGAUCCACAACUUGGGCUCUUUACCAGCACCUCUACUAAAAGAUUUGCCUUGAGCUCUUCAAACCAAGUUCUUCUGCAGUUUCACAGUGAUGCGGCUAAUGCAGGCAUCUUUGCUCUUUACUUUUAUGGUUAUCGACUCAGAAAAUGCAAACCUCCAAUUACUGUUCCAAAUGGCGAGGUUCUGUCUGGAAGUGAAGAAUUCUUGAUGGGAGAUAUUGUCAGAUACAAGUGUCUCCCGGGAUUCACACUAGUUGGCCCUGAAAUCCUAACUUGUCGUCUAGGAAACCAUCUACUCUUUGAGGGCCCUCCUCCAUCCUGUGAAGUACACUGCCCAGACAAUGAGAUUCUAACGGACUCUACAGGAGUGAUUCUCAGCCAGAGUUUUCCAGGAACAUAUCCUCAUUUUCAGACCUGCUCGUGGCUCAUUAAAGUAGAGUCUGGUUACAAUGUGACACUCAGUGUGGAGUACUUCUUGAGUGAAAAGCAGUAUGAUGAGUUUGACAUCUUUGAUGGUCCAUCAGGUCAGAGCACAUUGCUAAUAUCCCUGAGUGGUAACUACUCUGCACCACUGACCAUCACUAGCUCUGGGAAUAAGGUGCAUUUGCGCUGGACAUCUGACCAUGCUUACAGCAGGAAGGGUUUUAAGAUCCGCUACUGGGCACUUUAUUGUAGCCUCCCAAGGCCACCCCUUCACGGAACUGUGCUGGGACCAGUCAUCAACCCACCAGGAGGAGUUGUACGGUUUAACUGUGAUCCUGGAUUCCGGCUGAUCGGAAUGAACACAGCAACUUGUUUACGGCGACCUCAGGGCUAUUAUGACUGGAACUCUGAGGUUCCGUUGUGCCAAGCCAUGUUCUGUGGAGUGCCUGCCUCUCCCAAAAAUGGAAUUGUUUUUGGCAAAGAGUACACUGUUGGCACAAAAGCUAUGUAUGAAUGUGAUGAGGGGCAUCACCUCUUGAAUCCUGAAGAUGCAGUGUCAGAGUGCCUACCCUCUGGUCAUUGGAGCAAUGGAAACAACCCCCCACAGUGUGUGGCCAUCACCUGCCCAGACAUAAGCAAUCUAAAUACUGAGCACGGUCGCUGGCGCAUCAUCCACAAAUCACACUAUCACUAUGGAGCUGAGCUCAUGCUAAUAUGUGACCCAGGAUAUUACUAUGUGGGGCCCCGCAUCAUCCGCUGCCAAGCCAAUGGAACAUGGAGUGUGGGGGAAGCCACACCUACUUGUAAUAUUAUUUCCUGUGGGGAGCUACCCACUCCAGCCAAUGGCAACAAAAUUGGCAUGUUAACUCAGUAUGGGGCAACUGCCAUCUUCGCAUGUAAUAGUGGCUACACUCUUGUGGGAUCACGGGUACGAGAGUGCAUGUCCAAUGGCCUGUGGAGUGGGCAAGAGGUUAAAUGCUUGGCUGGACAUUGUGGUACCCCAGAACCUAUUGUUAAUGGACUGAUUAAUGAACAAAACUACAAUUACAGAGACAGUGUGGUAUAUCAGUGUAACAGUGGUUUCAGACUGAUUGGGAUGUCUGUGAGAAUAUGCCAGCAGGACCAUCUUUGGUCAGGGAAGGCACCCAUCUGCGUGCCAAUUACCUGUGGUCACCCUGGUAAUCCAGGAAAUGGAAUAACCCAGGGAUCCCAGUUUAAUUUAUAUGAUGUGGUGAAGUUUGUGUGUAAUCCGGGGUAUAUCAUAGAAGGAUCAGUGCAAGCUCAGUGCCAACCCAAUGGACAAUGGAGCCAUCCAAUGCCAACAUGCCGAAUUCUUAACUGUACAGAUCCUGGCCACGUUGAGUAUGGCCUUAGGCGAGUGCUGCAGAAAGGUCCAGACCGUUUCAGUUUUGGGACCUCGGUAACCUAUGAGUGCAGCCACGGCUACUACCUUAUGGGAACACACGUUCUUUCAUGUCAGGGUGAUGGCACCUGGGACCGAGCCCUGCCUCGUUGUCUGUUGGUAACCUGUGGUGCUCCUGGCCUCCCACCAAAUGCUCAGAUCUCUGGAAAACGAUUCACUGUUGGCUCAGUGGUACAGUACAGUUGUCUAGGACGUCGAAUUCUCAUUGGGAAUGCCACUCGCACUUGCCAACUGGAUGGGCGAUGGAGUGGCUUUCUGCCACAUUGCUCAGGUGGUAGUGCAGGAGAGUGUGGGGACCCAGGUGUGCCUUUCCAUGGACUGAGUCAAGGUGAAGAGUUUACAGCUGGUAGUGUGGUGAGGUUCAGCUGUGAGCCUGGGUACUUACUUCGAGGUUCUGCAGAAAGAAGUUGCUUGAUCAAUGGAUCAUGGGGUGGGUUUCAGCCAGAGUGUGAAGUGGUCUCCUGUGGAAAUCCAGGAACACCCAGUAACUCCCGUGUGGUUUUUAAUGAUGGCCUGGUGUUCUCAAGCUCCAUCAUUUAUGAGUGUCGUGAAGGAUAUUACUCUAGUGGUCCCUUAAGUCGCCAUUGCACAGUCAAUGGGACAUGGACGGGUACUGCUCCAGAUUGCGCAGUUAUCAACUGUGGAGAUCCUGGCAUCCCAGCAAAUGGCCUACGCCUGCACCAUGAUUUCCAGUACAACCACACAGUGUCCUUCCAGUGUUUGCCUGGAUAUAUGAUGGAAUCAGACAAGGCACCCAUGUUACUGUGCACCAAAGACCGUACCUGGAAUGGCACAAAACCUCUCUGCAAAGCAAUCACCUGUCCAUCCCCACCUGUGAUCCCCAAUGGGAAAGCAGUGGGGUCUGACUUCCUGUGGGGUUCCAGUCUAACAUACACCUGUGUGGAGGGUUACCAACUUUCUCUUCCAGCUGUCCUUACAUGUGAAAGUAACAGGAGCUGGGUGGGCGAGCUUCCACAAUGCUUCCCUGUGUUCUGUGGCGAUCCUGGCAUCCCAGCCCAUGCUCGUAGGGUGGACAGAGGAUUCAGCUACCGUUCAUCUAUUUCCUUCUCCUGCCCCCCUCCCCUUGUGCUUGUUGGGUCUGUUCGUCGGUUCUGCCAGUCUGAUGGCACAUGGAGUGGAACCCAACCCAGCUGCAUUGAUCCCUCCCACACAACAUGCACUGACCCUGGGAUCCCAUCUUUUGGAAUGCAGAAUACCUCACAAGGGUUCCAGGUUGGAAGUACAGUGCUGUUCAGGUGUCAGAAAGGCUACCUCUUGCAAGGGUCUACAACAAGAACCUGUCUACCAAAUCUAACCUGGAGUGGAGUGCAGCCAGAGUGCAUUCCUCACCAUUGUCGACAACCAGAGACACCCCCACAUGCCAAUGUAGGAGCACUUGACCUGCCUUCCCUGGGCUACACUCUGAUUUAUUCCUGCCAGGCUGGUUUCUAUCUGACAGGUGGCUCUGAACAUCGAACAUGCAGAGUGGAUGGAAGCUGGACAGGAAAGCCUCCAGUGUGUCUGGCUGAUAUCAGACCCAGCGGGAAACCAAUAUUUCCACCCAAAGAGCCUCCCAUCCCAAAAAUAUCUGUUCCUGCAGAUGUUUUUGCCAAGAACUCCCUGUGGAAAGGAUCGUAUGAAUAUCAGGGAAGGAAGCAGCCCGCCAUGCUCACAGUAACCAGCUUUGAGACUGGGAGCGGCAAAGUCAAUGCCACAAUGAUUGAUCAUAGCGGGGUUGAGCUGCAAGUUUCAGGUAUUUACAAGAAAGAAGAUUUUCAUUUGCUUCUCCAGGCACAUCAGGUUCGCGGACCAGCUGACAUCUUUAUGGACAAGUUCAAGAUAGACAGCUGGGCACUGGAUGGUCAUGUAUCCUCUGAGUCCCCUGGUGGAACAUACGUCUAUCAAGGCUUUGUGCGUGGAAAAGGAUUCGGCCAGUUUGGGUUACAGCGACUAGAUCUAAGACUUUUGGGAAAUGAUCCAGACACGAUAGGACACUUUCCAUCCAAUAGCAGCUCAGUAGCAGCUGCUAUCCUUGUGCCUUUCAUAGCCUUGAUCAUUGCUGGUUUUGUACUUUACCUCUACAAACACAGAAGAAGACCUAAGGUACCAUUCAAUGGCUUUGCCGGUCAUGAAAACACAAAUGGUCGGGCCACUUUUGAGAACCCCAUGUAUGAAAGAAAUGUGCAGCCCACAGAAAUCGUAGCCAAUGAGACGGAAUUCACGGUCAGCACAGUGUGCACUGCAGUAUAGCACUUGCCUCCAAACAGUAAACUGGGUCUACUUGGAGUCUCCGUUCUGUCCUUCCCUUGCCCUGCGCACCUUCACUGGGCAGCUGACAACACCAGUGCCCCUUCUUGCCACCCCAUUAUCGCACACCAUCCAAAGUGUGCCCGGCUUCUGGGUUCAGGAGAAAACAGGAGAAGACCCCCGGGUCCCAGAAAAUGGCAAGGUCAACAGUGGACUGGCAACUACCAGCUGCCUCAGUCUGCCAGAGUCUAAUGUAACCUUGGCAACUGGUAAUCUCUACUCGAUAAGUGUCAGAGAUACCAACUUUGAGGACCUCAUCCUCCAUGGACACAGUGCAAGUGCUUUUAUACUGAACUCAUAUACAUGCAAUGUUGGGAGGAAGUCAAUAUGAGAAAUACAUAUAUAUAGAUAUAUAAAUAUACAUAUUUUUAUUCUUCAAAGAACAAAUUCCAAAAAGUGCUUUUCCUCCAUGCUUCUCCACCUGAUCCCUGCAGCACAUAAAAGACUGUGUCGCGUUGGUGUGAUGGGGGAGUGCAGCCUUACACCCUACACCCAAAGUCGGUGUGCGAGUUUUCAUUCUGCAAACACUUAAAGGAGAGAUGCAAAAUAAAUUAUUUUCCACUGACACCGUCUUAGCCCAUGGCAUGUGGCGCAGGUGCAAUUUUAUCGGCUGCCCUCAGAUACAGGAGGAACAUUUGUCCUCUAUGAAGCGCUGAAGUAUGCCAUUCAGGAAAGACCUGGACACAUUGCUUCAGAAAGCUGAAACAAGUAGACUGAAAGAUAAUGAAUGUGAGUAGGUAAUGCACUGCAGGAUCCUGUAGAGUAAAGGGCAGAGAUUUACCCCCAUAGUACUAAAUGCCUCACAGACAAUCUCAUAUAUCAGUUAUCUAUUUUUAUAGAGUUAGUUGUUGGCACCUUUGAUUCUUAGGCCCGAGAGGAAACAAAAUGACAAUUUGCUGAAAUAAGUAUAACUCUAAUUUGAAUUUGUAAAUUAAAGCACUAUGAAGGGCAA